UCUACUAGUGAUAAAGUGAAUUUGGUCCAUCAAAUUCUGUCUGAGUUCAGGCUGCAGAAGGACGAGCUGGAAGUGAUCAUGAAGAGGAUGCGGCGCGAAAUGGAAAAAGGCUUGCGUUUGGAGACGCAUGAGGAGGCCAGCGUCAAAAUGCUGCCCACUUAUGUUUGCUCCACACCCGAGGGAUCAGAGGUGGGCGACUUCCUGGCUCUGGAUUUAGGGGGCACUAAUUUCCGCGUAAUGCUGGUUAAGGUGGGAGCGGACGAGGAAAGAAGUUGGAAAGUGGAGACCAUGAAUCAGAUGUAUUCCAUUCCUGAGGAUGCCAUGACAGGAACGGCCGAGAUGCUGUUUGACUACAUUGCAGAAUGCAUGUCCAACUUUUUAGACCAGCACAACAUCAAGCACAAAAAGCUUCCUCUGGGUUUUACAUUUUCCUUCCCGGUGCGCCACGAGGACAUUGACAAAGGAAUCCUACUCAACUGGACUAAAGGUUUCAAGGCUUCUGGUGCUGAAGGGAAUAAUGUUGUGGGUUUGCUAAGAGAUGCUAUCAAAAGAAGAGGGGAUAUUGAGAUGGAUGUCGUCGCCAUGGUAAAUGACACAGUGGCAACCAUGAUUUCAUGCUACUACGAGGACCGCAGCUGUGAAGUGGGGAUGAUUGUCGGUACAGGUUGCAAUGCCUGUUACAUGGAAGAGAUGAGGACGGUGGAGUUGGCGGAAGGCGAGGAGGGCCGCAUGUGCGUCAACACCGAGUGGGGGGCGUUCGGAGAUAAUGGCGAGCUGGAAGAGUUCAGGCUGGAGUACGAUAGAGUGGUGGAUGAGAACUCGGUCAAUCCUGGACAGCAGCUCUUUGAGAAGCUGAUCAGCGGCAAGUACAUGGGCGAGCUGGCGAGGCUGGUCAUGAUGAAGCUGGUCAACGAGAACCUGCUGUUCAAUGGCGAGGCCUCAGAGAUGCUGAAGAAACGCAGCAGCUUCGAGACCAGGCACGUCUCGCAGGUGGAAAGUGAUUCGGGUGACCGUAAGCACAUCUACAAUAUUCUGUCUUCGCUGGGUGUUCUACCGUCCGAGUUGGACUGUGACAUCGUGGGUCUCGUCUGCGAGAGCGUUUCCACUCGCUCGGCUCACAUGUGCGGCGCAGGCUUGGCCGGCGUCAUCAACUUGAUGCGGGAGCGACGCGGUUUAGAGGCCCUCACCAUUACCGUGGGGGUGGACGGUUCCGUAUACAAGCUGCACCCAUGUUUCCGUGACAGGUUCCACAAAAUAGUCAGAGAGCUGACGCCACACUGCAAGAUCACCUUCAUCCAAUCAGAAGAGGGAAGCGGUCGGGGAGCGGCGCUGAUCUCCGCUGUGGCCUGCAAGAUGGCGGCCUCCAUGAUGACACGGUGAAAGGCGGACUUGCUCCUUUUGGUGACACAUGGACAGCAGUUGCAGCCAUGUAUGGGUCUGCGCUCCCUCCAUACGUUAUUACAGGA